AGGGAAAAAAACAUACAAGUGAAUGAAUGAAUUGAGAGAAAGCAUUGAUUGACUGAUGUACAGACAGACAGAUGAAGGAACGUGUAGAUAACUCCUCCCCCUUCCUGAGUCCAGGUGCAGGAGCACUACAGCGGCAUGCCCGUCUACGUGAUGGCCAACGGCAUCCUAGAAGACCCGGCGCGUUUCAAGGACAGUCUGAGAGUCUACUACCUCUACAACUACAUCAACAAAGCCCUGAAAGCCUACACUCUAGAUGGCGUGAACCUGAAGGGCUACUUCGCCUACGCCCUCAACGACCAGCGAGACCCAGGCUGUACGGCCACGUCCAGGACGAGCCCAUCGUCAAGGCCUCGCUGUCCCACUACCGCAACAUCAUCCAGCACCACGGCUUCCCAGAGGAGGGGGCCCCGGCCCAGCAGUGCCCCAGCCAGCCCCCACCCUGCCUGGGCUGCCAAGUCCUCACCAAGAGGCCCGUGGUGGGCUUCCUCUCUCUGGUGGGCUCUGGAGUGCUGCUCACACUGGGGCUCAUUAUCUACUACGCAGCCAAGAGACACAAACCCUAUUAUUAACACUUAGGAUGAGGAUUGUUUAUUGUACUGUUUAAUGUUAUAGAUAUAUGCUGUAGAUAUGUGUUUUGGCCCUUAUAAGUGCUUACAGAGCCCACUUUGCUAACCCUUCUACAUGAACAGUGCACUUGUUCAUAUACGACCUUAUCUUCUCAGAGUUUCGAGCUCUGGAUUCAAAUUACAUUGUCCACUCUAGGCCACCUAUUAAAAUGUCACAAGAAAAAAGCAUAGAACAAAACAGUAUAACAUCUACCAAUAGUUGUGGUUAAAAAAGGUUUCAUAUCAAA